AUGUCGACCAUUCUCGCCUCUAGCGCCAUCCUGCUCGGCCGCACGGUCGGCGUGGCACCGCACUCUCUGUUUGCCGUCAAUGUCGAGCACGCACGCGCAGGCAGCGGCAGCACGACCCCGGCCCCUACCAAGAACCAGGGCGACUCUGGCCCCUCGAUAGCGUCGCUCAUCGCGGCUUGCCCCAGCCUCGACCCGGCCAGGAACCCGACCUACAAGCCCACACCCUGGCUCACCACCGGCCAUCUCCAGACCAUCUGGUGCGCCGUCGGCUCCUUUGACCAAAUCGACCCCGUCACCUACAAGCGCAGAGUGUUUCUCACGCCCGAUGGUGGAACAGUCUCGAUCGACAUCUCGCCGCCGGAGCUCGCCGACGCCGACCCGAAUGCCGAGGCCACCCCGACCGUCGUUGCCUGCCACGGCCUGACGGGCGGCAGCCACGAGUCCUACAUCCGCAACUGCCUCUCGCAGCUCGUCAAGCCCAAGUCCGAGGGAGGACCUGGCUACCGCGGCGUCGUGGUCAAUUUCCGCGGCUGCGCCGACACGUCGGUCAGCUCGGCCCAGCUCUACUCGGCCUCCAAGACGUCGGACCUCCGCAGCGCCUUGCUGCUCCUCACCAAGCUUUUCCCCAGCUCCCCCAUGGUCGGCAUCGGCUUCUCGCUCGGCGCCAACGUCCUCGGCAAGUACCUCGGCGAGGAGGGCGACGAGUCGCCCCUGCUAGCCGGCGUCAUCGUGGGCACGCCCUUUGACCUCAAGGCCGGAUCGGAUGCGCUCGAGUACGGCGGGUUCCUCCCGCAAAAGUACUCGUCGGUAAUGAACCUCAACCUGGCCAGGGUGAUGCGGCGGCACAAGGACACGCUGGCCCUCCACGCGCCGCUGCGGCCCUACAUCGACCAGCUCUACGACCCCGAGCCGCUGAGCAAGGCCGACAUGCAGCUGCACAAGAAGCAGUGCCAGAACGGCGGGCCCAAGCUGGGCGAGCGCGAAGUCAUCCGACCGGGCACGCUCAAGCUGGUCGACGAGACCAUGACCCGCCUGAUGGGCGGCCACUCGAAGCCCUACGGCGAAUUCCCCUUUGACAACGCCAACGACUAUUACAACCACGGCGGGUGUGCUAACUUUCUCGACGGCGUCAGGCGGCCGAUGCUCUGUCUCAAUGCCGAGGACGACCCCAUCGUGCCUUCGCCCGUCUGGACAAAGGUGCGCGCGGCCAUCGGGUACGAUGCCGAGGGCAGGCCGCUGUCGGAGUCGCAGCGCGAGGAGAAGGGCAGCCAGAUCAACGACAACAUCGCCCUGGCGUGGACCAAGGGCGGAGGCCACCUCGGCUGGUUCGAGGGCGUGAGGCCCAGGCGGUGGCUGUACAAGCCCGUCAACGAGUUCAUCCAGGCCGUCUUUGAGCAGACGAGCGAGGAGCGGAAGCGGCAGAUCGCGCAGUCCCACCUCUGGAAGCACGAGGGGCGCGUCGAGGUCAAGGAGGUUGACAUCGAGCUGAUGCCCAAAGAGGCGCUGCCGAUCUACAACCUGCCGGGCGAGAAUGGGCGGCCGAAGCGCAACGACGAGGACAAGACGCUCAAGGCCACCAAGGACGAGACCGCGCGCACCCGAGAGGGCGAUGGCGCCGCCAGCAACGGCUCGACGUCUCAGUCGAGGGUCGCCGAGGUCGCCGCCGACCUCAAGAGCGAUCGCCCUGUGGCCGAGGACGAGCUGCUCAACCCGUCCGACACCGGCGACAUGGGCGGCAGGGAGACGGCGCCGCACAGCAACGCCCGGAUCGCAUGGCUGCUGACCCACGUGCUGCCCGAAGCGCCGCUGCUCCACCCGCGACUGGCCUCGUGCGACAGCUACAGCCCGCCGCCGUCGGACCUGAGCGAGGCCGAGAAGGAGGCUCGCGGCUGGAAGAUCCUCCGCGGACAGAAGAUGUACUGCGACACGAGGCGUCCAGAGGUGGGCUGGCUCGAGCUGGGCCAAGAGAGCCGAGUCAGCGGCGCGGGCGAGGUCUUCAGGGGCGGCAUCGAGUCGCCCGGUGCGCGCGCGGCGGGUGAAGCCGACAAGGGCGACAAGAAGGUCGUCGCCGGUCUCUAG